CUGUCACUGCUGCCUUUGUGUCUUUCGAGAACCGCGGCGUUUCUCUGUGCACCGUUAAGCUUGUUGAGUGGGAGUGUGGAGGCAGAGGUCGAGGGCAAUGGCGAGUCAGGUGGUUCUUGCAGGCGUUCUUCUCAUGCUCGCUGCUGGAGUUCAGGCAAGCGCGCAGACUCCGCCUGAGGUGACUAUCGAUUCUAUCACCUACGGAGGUUCCGGCUGCGGUUUCGACGACACCGACUACGCGCUGUCGAACGACUACAAGACGGUCAACUUCACAUUCGACGGGAUGGUUGCAACCACGGACGGGGACAGGAAGAAGGCUUGCCAGAUAUCGUUCGCUUUGAACUACCCGGAUGGCUGGAGCUUCUCCGUUGGUCAGGCCACGGCCAACGUGCACUUUGACAUCGUCAAGAACUCGGUGGGCAUCUACAGGACGGUCUGCUACUUCUCCGGACAAUCGGGGACGACGAUGAUCGAGCGCAAAAUCGAAGGCCCAAGGGUUGGCAGCUUAGAGAUCACGGAGGACUUCCAGACGCCUCUCUGGAGCGACUGCAACAGCAAGCCCAACCUGAACAUGAAGCUGGAGGUUGGAGUAGAGGGCGAGAAGGCUGUGAUGGGGCUUGACAAGUUCCACCACGUCAAUCUCCUGUGGAGGCAGUGUUAGCAAAAUUGAGAACCCUGUUCACCAUUUC